AUGGCGGACGCCGGCCCGGAUUGGGCUAAUCGCCCAGCCUCCGACCAGGCAUUGUCGUCAGAUGAGGAGGAUUUUGUGUCAAGCCAAAGCACUAUUUCUUUGGAGCCUGAUGCCCGCGCUAAACAUCGUCUACCUGCUGCGCUCGAUAAGCUCCACCUCGACACCGCGCAAGACUCAAGUGAAAGCUCCGGCCAGAGCACGACUCGGGCCUCUACGCCCGGCACGGGCCCCUCGGUUCUCGAUACCUCAAAGUCGAAUUCCGACAAGAAAAGAAUGGAGCUACUUGAUUUGCCUUUGGAUAUGUUGAAGGAAAUCGUCAAAGAGGUGACACACACGAACGACCUCACUUCACUCGCGUUAACAUGCUCCGCUCUCCAUAACUUGACCAUUCCACACAUGUACUCCCGCUUCGAUAUUGUCUGGCCUGAGUCGUUGAACCCCACGACAGAUGACUAUUCGGGAGUUGACGCCUUGUCCUACGGAUUAUCCACGCUGGUGAUGGGAGAAGAUGUGUUCCACCAAUUGCCGCUGCCCAGAGCUGACCGAUCUCCACAUGUCUGUGCGCAUUGUGGCUGCGACGGUCGUGGCCAUCAUUCUUCUGGAACCGAGACACAUGAUAUUAGCCCCGUCUUUCGGUCGAGACGAGGAAACUACUAUGCACAAUACACGCGCACAUUCUCUAUCGGAAAUGGUCCGUUGAGCUGGGUCCAGGAAUACUCGGUGAACAGAGAGGUGGGCAAGAUGCUGGGGACGCUAGUGGCCUUGGCCGUGGCGCGGAUGGUCAAUCUUGAGGCGUUCAUCUGGGACAUGCCAACAGGGGUGGUCCGAGAGAUAUGGCUUGCACUUGCUUCACUGGCUAACCGACCAGGCCAGGACUGUCGUCUCGAGCGUGUCUGGGUGCGCUGGCAUGAUAACAGGGACAAUCCGUUGCGCAACAACGCCUCGUUGAUGACGGCGUUGCUGAAUUCUCUUAAGAACAGCCAUGUGGAAUACCCAUCGUUAUCAGUGUUGCCGCCGCUGAAAAGCGUCACAGUUCUUGACAUAGAUGAAUCGGCGUACGUGGAGGAACUGGCAACCCUAAUUGAACGGUCCCGCCAUCGCCUCGUUGAAUUGCGGAUCGGAAUUUCUUCAAAGGCCCACAUGUUGUCUUGGCUUCGCUGUGCAAAGGAUACCGAUGUUUCUUUGGAAUCACCAUCAAGGUGGCCAAAGGUUGGUGGUGUGCUCAGCAUUCUUUCGAAACGCGACGUGCCAGCCCAAGAGGAAUACACCACUACGAACUCCUCAGCCUCUGAACGGUCGGUGCCAUCAGAAGCGUCCUCUUGUCCAUCCUCCACGAAGAACCCCAAGGCCGUCGAGUCCGACGAUUGGCAAGAAACGCGCUUUCCGCCAGGGACUGAGCAGAAAUCUCUAGGAACUACCCAGGACAGCGAAUCUCCACCCUCUACAGGCUCUUGUGCGUCCACCAUCAAAGCUCGUGUGCCUUUCUGUGGUACACAGGCCAAUCAAGAUAAAUUGAACCUCCAGGUCUUUGAGUUGGAACGAGUUCCCUUGUCUGUACCGACGCUUCUACCGGCGAUCGAAUGGACCCGCCUUACUACUCUUACUCUGAUGGCAUGCACAGAUCAUGAAAAUCUUUGGAGAACUCUGCGCCGAAAAUAUGCACCUCCACCACCUGUGGCAGCAAAUAAGCGAAACGGUGACCGUCGCCUGAGUGUUGAGGCCCCAGAGUACUCACUCAAUCUCAAGCAUCUGCGAACGGAUACCGUCUCACCUUAUCUGAUGCUCUUCAUCAAGGAGGCCCUAGCUCCUAAUACCCUGGAGAGCGUGUACCUUCACGAAGCGCCAGGUCACGAAUCAUCCGUCCCCGUUGAUGCCAUAUAUCGACACAUACUCCGAAAACACCGACUAAGUCUGCGAAAGGUCUUGAUUGAUGCUUCUGAGCGGUUCGGCAGCGCGACCGAGGGCUUGACAAAUCGCUGGCACAAGUGGAUGUUUAAUCACGAAAUGAUCUCGUUCGUCACGGGCGGCCGCAUGCCGCAGCUGCGGGAGCUUGGAAUGGCAAUGCACUACCGGGACUGGCAUUACUUUCUCCAACGACUUCCUAACAUGCCGCAGCUCUUCGCUCUCUACCUCCCCCACAUCGGCCACACCGUCCACCGCGACCUGAAAGAGCUUGCCCUCCAAGUCCUCGACAUUGUGAGCAUCCGCCCAGACCUCAAAAUAACGUACAUUGGUUUGCAGGCCAAAUGCUACCAGAUUCUCGAGGGAAGUCGUGAUGGGAGCGAACCCGACUUCGACGAGACCCAAGGCCUCGAUCAAACCUCGAAUGCUACAGGGGACGACGCCAUGUCCUUCGAAGACGACCCAAUGGAUCCUCUAGGCGACAAUGAUGAGCCGGGCGUUCCAGACGACACGGACCUCCUCUCCAGCGAUCUAUCUGAUGGCUACGACACUGAGCCUGAAGACGAUGGCGCUUCGCGGGUGCGAUUCCGGCUUCAGGAGAUUCUCUUUUAUGACGAUAAAAUAUCUAUUUUCAAGGCCCGCCAUGGGGUGAUUUAA